AACAACGUAGGGAUAAUUUUGGAGAGCAAUUUGAGAUUUGCCGAAUAGAAUUUAGAGAUUUUUUCUGUCCCCCAAAAACGACACCUGCUUCACCGCCACUCCGUCUCAUCUCCUCUCCCUAAACGCCUCUCCAUCUCCCUUGACCACCGAGACACGCACACACAUCACCACAGAACCAGACCUCACCUUCGAUACUCACUCAAACGAGCCAAAAAUUUCCCCUCCAACCAUCGAGACACACUUGGACAGGACCCAGCAGAAUCAAACUCCUAUCUGUCGCCUUCCUUCCAAUCCAGUUCGCUCAUUGCCUCUUGCUUUCCACCAGGCCUCCCACCGAACCCAAAUCCCAAACCGCACCAUCUGUUCCCUCGAUUUCGUGUCUCAACAGCCGGUGGCCACCAGCGAUCGGAGCAGACAGCGAGCAGUACCAGCUGAACCCGAGUUCACGCCAGCUCCUUCAUCGCACCACACCACUCCAAGCUUCAGCAUCGCUCUUCACACUUGUGCAUCCUUGCCUCGUGGACCCAGCUCUUUCUUCUUCUCAGCCUUGAAACUCUGAUUCGGUGUGGGUAUAAGCCAAUCCUUUGCAUUCGUAAAUCAAUUUCUUCAAAAUCUGAGUCUAUCAGUUUGUUGUUUUUUAGUUUUCGUGUUUGUAGUCCUCUUAAACGAUUAUUAGUGUAUCCUUGCAACAUAUCAGUUUCAUGUCCUUUGAUGUUUUCUGUGGAUGAGUUUACUGUGCAGUGGUGCUAUGGAUACAUGUUUAAUCUCGGCUAAAAUAUUUUGUGGUACUGUGUUGUUUUAAACGUGUUAGAUAUGUCCUGAACAGCAAUGGUCUUGCUUCCUCUGUUCAGAGCAGAAAUGAGACUGCAUGCUGUUGGGAGGUUGAAAGAAUGCUUGUGGUUCUGGGUAUAUGGAAACGCGUUAAUUUCACUGUUUGACAGUAGUUUUCAAUCUGUGUAUUUAUUUCCUUAUUUUCAUUUAUUUAUCUACCUCAUUUGUGUUCCCUGAUUGUACAAAAUGUAGAACAGUGUUAUUUUGCUAUUAGGGUAUUUAAGAUUAUAGCAAAAAAAAAAAAAUUGUGUUUAUGCUUUGAUCUAGGUAGUGUCAUUACCUUUUAUAAAAAUUAAUUACUUUGUUAAAGCAUUUAUUUCUCUGACUUAAUAUCAGCAUGUCCUUUUAUUUUCUAUUUGAGUGAAUUUUUAAAUAUGUAAUAAUUAUUAUGUGAAAAUGAAUAAAAUGAAGGGUGUGGGAUUAACACGGUGUGGAGAUGAGGAAGGAGAUGUUUAUGAAUUGUGCAGGCUAGGAUGGCACUUUUGCGGGUUGAGUUUUGUUAAAAAUGGGACUGAAAUACAAGGAAGGUUCUGCCAAAUUUUCAGCAAAUUCAUGAGUAAUAGUAGUCUUUUUUUUUUAAUAAUUAAAUUAAAUUAAUGAGUUAUGGUUGGUUUUUAAAUUGAGCUGAUGAUGAGACUUUGGUUGAUUGAGUGAGGCUCUACUGAUGAGUUGGACUCUCUAGGCUACAGUUAACAUGUAUCUUUCAAUUAGGGUGUAAUCGGGAGGUAUUAAAUUGGAACUCAUAGUAAUUUAAUUACCCCUGAUAAUUAUGUUGUUUGCUUUAUUUAUUUUUUUUAUAUUGCAGCUUUUUAGUAAAUAAUGAAUAUGUGCAUAAUCAAAUGGGUUUAUUUAAUCUUACAAUAAUUAAAUUAAUAUGGGUUGUAAUAGUCUAUUGAUUUGGUUCCUGGGUAGGGGCCCUACUGGCAAACUAAAUAGUCUAUGUGAUGAUUAAUAUAUAUCUUUCAAUUAGGGGCCUAAAUGAAAUGAAUGAGAAUUGUAUCCCAUAAUAAUUUAAUCCCGCUAAUUAUCAUGGCUUAGUUUAUUUUUAACCUGUUAAUAAAUAAUGAACUGAAUUAUGAAACACAUGUAGACCUUUUUACAUUUCUUUUCUUUAAAUAAUAAAAAUUGAAUUAAUAUGAGUUUGGGCUAAUUGUUAAUUUAGCCGAUGAUGGAACCUUUACUUGAUAUGUAGAGGGCUCUACUAACAAGUCAAACACUUCCGGCAAUAAUUAGCACAUUCAUUUUCAGUUGGGCUUGGGGGUUCAAUGAAAAUGAUUAAAUACUUAAAAGUCAUAUGAAUUCACCUAAUAAAAAUAGUGGGAUUUUAGGGCAAAACUAUGAGUGUUUGGUCUAGUAGCAUGAUUGGUCUCUAUGUUUUCAAUCUUUUUAUCAAUCUGAGUUUUUGUAAUAAAAAUUUGAGUUUUUGUGAAACUGAAUUGUUGUAGGUAAAUAGUGUUAUCUUAUUAACUCUUUAAGGUAAGCUAGUUUUAAAUAAUUCUUGCGCACCUGUUCUGGAUAUGUGAUCCCAGAGUUUCAGAUUCCCUUGCUUCCCUUUGAUUGUAUGGGCUUUUUGUAAGCGAUUUUAAUGCCCUGAAACCAUAAAUUGUGCUGUAUUUUGUUUCAAAUAGUUGUUAAUUAGGGUUUCCUGAGGUAUGUCAAUGAUGUUAUUUGGUAUGUCAAUGAUGUUAUUCGAUAUGUAUUUUGUUUCAAAUAGUUAUGCUGCAUGACUUCGGGUUUACUAGAUUUCUUACCUGUUUAAAUGAUAGAUUCAGGUGUGGUUUCUUAUAAGCAUCCAAAAGAUGGAUGAGAGUAUGAAGCAAUUUCAGCAAAGCUUGGUUGAGCUUGAAACCGAGGCUGAGCUCCUCCUUUUAGCCCGGCAUCAGGUGAUUGAAAAUGAUAAAACUAGAAAUGGGAACAGGGAAGCACUUACAGCGCUGCGGAAGAGAGCUCGGACAACAAAAACUAGUGUUCCUUCACCCUAUGAAUCAAUCAUGAAGGAUAUUGGGAGGUCUGCAUCAAAACCUUUGGUGAAGGAGGUAUGUGCAACAUGCGGCAACCAUGACUCAGAUGAGCGCACAUGGAUGAUGUUCCAAGGAACUGAUGUCUUUGCUAGUAUGCCAUUUCAUGCCGCUCAUAGCAUAUUGGAGAGAGAUCAAGAACGACUUGACUAUGAGGCUAAAAAAUUACAAAGCUAUGUAAAGGAGAAGUCUUUUAUUAUUUCAGAAAAAGGUGCUCUAGCUGACAAGAUUAGUCCUGGAGUGCUUAGAUCUCUGAUAACCUUAACAGAUAAACCUAAAUGAUGGUAUCUGCUGAAGACUCAAUAUAGGGGUGCAUCUGAAAUUAACAGAAAAUACAUUGAAUUUUACACCGCUACCAUGACUUGUAAAGAGUAAAUAGGGGACACUCUUUACCCUGCUUAAUACCAACUAUAUUCAUAAGCAAUCAUUGUACAUCUAUAGCUGGGGCAAAAAUGUUUCGCGAAGAUUCACAAACUGAUUGUGUAUUUUUGUUGGAGAUGCUAAGACCUGCAUAGCACUUUUAAUUUUAGUGCUGCAUUGCUCA